GAUUCAAGUAACAGGUAAUGUGCGCCGUUAUUUAAAAAUUAACAUCUACAUCUAAAUAUAAUUAUUCUGUAAUAUAAGUCGAUUAUUUGUCGUCGGUAUUUGUAAAUUAAAAAUAAUCUAUAUUUCAAAAGAAAUGUCACCAAUCAAUUCAUUUAAAGAUGACGUCAAAGAGUUACUUGAAUUCGUACAAUAUUUUCCAGAUUUUCCUAAACCAGGAAUACUUUAUAAGGAUGUGCUAUCUGCAUUUAACAGUGCUGAGGGUGUUAAUUUAAUAUCUAGAGUUCUUCAAAACUAUGCUGAAUCUUUAAGAGGAAAAGUGGAUUGUGUAGCAAUGUUAGAGUCACGUGGUUUUCUGUUGGGACCAAUUAUAGCAUUACAUUUAAAUAUCCCAUGUGUACCAGUUUGUAAAAAAGGAAACUUACCAAAUCCAGUUUUUGAGUUAUCAUAUUCAUUAGAAUAUGGUGAAGAUACAGUGGUUAUCCAACUAGGUAGUGUACAAAAAGGAAACCGUAUAGUUGUAGUUGAUGAUUUCCUUGCUACUGGCGUUUUUCUUUUAAUAGGAACCCUUCAAGCAGCUACAACAUUACUCAAAAAUGCAGGAGGUAUUGUUGUUGAAUGUUUUGUUUUAAUGGAAAAGUUAGAAUUAAAAGGAAGAGAGAAAUUAGAUUGCCAUAUUACUUGUUUGGUUUCAGAAUGAUUAUUUAUUGUGAUGACAUUUUAUUGUGAUAUUUCAAAAGUUCAUUUUUACUAUAUUGUUGUUUGGUUAUUAUUAUAUUUUAAAAUUAAUAUAAUUUAUACUAUAAAAAGUACUUAAAUAAACAAAAUAUUUGGUUAAAUGAAUUUUUAUAAAUACUAGUUUUAUUAUAAUUUAAAUUUAUCAAUAAUUUGAUAACUAAGA